UAAUCUAUAAUUUAACCUCAAUAUUUUGACAUUUGUCAAAAUUAGGAAAUUGAAAAUAAAAUAUGUAACUUUCAAGGAAAUUCAUAUUAUUCUUUUUUAAUGCGAUAUUUAUAAACACUAUUUAAUAACUGCUUACCCUUUAUACUACAAAAUCGUGCUGAUAAUGACUACUAAGUUGCUUCAGCUGAGGACAUUGCUGAGAUACAAUUAUUUGAUCAAGGCAGAUAGAUGCUCAGCAAUAUGCCCUCAAAAUUUCAACUAUACACAAAAAAGAAAUUACAAAAAUUUCAGUCAUAAACCAGAACCUGAACCAAGAAUAACAAAAAUUUUCUGUAUAAUUUUGACUCUUGGUGUGGUACUUCCAUGUCUGAACUAUGAAUGGUUUGGAGAUAAAUUGGAUGAAUACCUACCCAAAGUGGAUGCUCAUAGUGGUAAUAUCAAAGAUCAAAUGAAUUCGGAAACUUCAAGUGAAAUUGAGGAUGAGGAAAACAAGAAAAAAAAGCCGAAAAAGAAAAUUGGAUUUAGGGAUCGUAAAAUCAUAGAGUAUGAAAACCGCAUUCGGCAGUAUUCGACACCAGAUAAGGUUUUCCGAUAUUUUGCCACACUUCAGGUGCAGGGUCCAACUGUUGAUCAGCAUGAGAUCUAUAUGACUCCUGACGAUUUCUUGAGAUCAAUGACACCUGGUCUCAAACAGCCGGAUGGUUACGGCCUUGACCAAUACCGACGAUAUGAUCCAAAACAUUCCCUACAGAGUGUUCAUCAAGAGUUGGAACUGACACUAGACGAAGACAGUAUAUUUUAUAAACUGGGAAGCUCUGGACUCAUAACUUUUUCUGAUUAUAUAUUUCUGCUGACAGUGUUAUCAACAUCCAGACGUCAUUUUGAAAUUGCGUUUCGCAUGUUCGAUUUGAAUGGAGAUGGUGAUGUCGAUUGUGAAGAAUUCGAAAAAGUUGCUACUUUGAUAAGGCAGCAAACUAGUAUUGGUUCAAGGCAUAGAGAUCAUGCUGCAACUGGUAACACGUUCAAGGGUGUCAAUUCUGCCUUAACAACUUACUUCUUUGGGCCAAAUUUGAAACAGAAGUUGACAAUUGAGAAGUUUCUAGAUUUCCAAGAGAAAUUACAGAAGGAAAUUCUGAGUUUGGAGUUUCAACGGAAAAACCCAGAUGAAAAUGGGAGAAUAACAGAAGCUGACUUCACAGAAUUGCUUUUGGCUUAUGCUGGCUAUCCAGAAAAGAAGAAAGCAAGGAUGUUGAAGAGGGUUAAGAAAACUUUUAGAGAUCAUGGAAAAGGAAUUUCUAAAGAAGAUUAUCUUAACUUCUUCCAUUUUCUGAACAACAUAAAUGAUGUCGAUAUUGCUUUAACAUUCUAUCAUAUAGCUGGAGCUUCAAUUGAUCAAGCUACGUUAAAACAUGUUGCUAAGACUGUGGCUCAUGUCAAUUUAAGCAAUCAUGUUAUAGAUGUGGUGUUCACUAUUUUUGAUGAAAACCAGGAUGGGCAAUUGAGUAAUAAAGAAUUUAUAUCUGUGAUGAAAAACAGGCUUCUCCGUGGAUUAGAAAAACCAAAGGAUACUGGCUUCAUCAAAUUAAUGCAAUCUGUAAUAAAAUGUGCUAAAGAUACUAAACCAGCAUUAUUGGAUAUCUGAAUAUUUUUAAUGCUCAACUUUUUUCGAAUUUUUGCCGAAUUUUUCUAUAACAAUAUUGAUUGUAUAGGACCAGUUGGAUAAAUUUAAGAAAAAAAUACGCAUUCUUUUACUUAUUGAUUGUUAUAAAAAUUGUUAUUUGCCUAUUUCUAAUUUAUAUGGAAUGUUAUCUCAAUUAUUUUCAUUAAUAUAAAUGUUUUGAAAUA